AUGAUCGGACCGGAGAGCCUGAAAGGAUUAUUAUCGUCGUUGAAGGAAAGUAUUGCUAGCGCUGCUGAAACAGUCAAAGAGAAAGCCGUCGAUGCGGUCGAUAUUGUAACUGGUGGUGACUCAUCGCCAUUUAAGAAUCAAGCAGGACAUUCAGCGACUCAGCGUGCAAGUUCAUUGGAAGGUCAGAUAACAACAGGUGAUAAGAAGCACGAACAGAUUGUUAUUCACCUACGAGGUGGAGAAAUACCGGAAACCAAGGAAGAGGAUAUCAGAAAUCGUGGUGCUGCUGGGUAUAAAUACAAUGCCAAUGGUGGUUUCACAGGUGGUGGUACCACGAAUCCGCAGACUUAUGCAACGCAGGCAGAGUCAUCAUCUGAAGGUUUUCAUGAACCACGUAUCGGUGAUUUUAAUGCUUAUGGAGGAGUUAACAUCUAUACUGAACAAGGCGAAGCAACUCGUGGAGCCAAAUUCGAUGAUGUUGUCACACGCGACUCUGGCCUGUUGGAUCUUGGUACCAGAACACACAAAGAAGAAGAACAUGGCGGCGUUAAUCCUGAGGAAGAUUUACGCCCUGUCGGCAAGCAACGCUACAUCAAAGAGAUGCAGCAGCACCCGCUUGGUACUGGUGAUCGUGGAAUGGGUAUGCGAGGUACUGGGUUAGAAUGUCGAGGCAAUGAAGCGGACAAAUUAAGUAGCGAAGCGCUUGCGGAGGCUGCAAAAACAGAAGCCCCAGAUACCAAUAAAACAGAAAAAGCAGAGACAGUCAAAACGGGUAUGUUUGGUGGGACAUUCCCCUAUGUACCACGUCCAUACGUGCGUAAAUUCGAGGAUGCUGAGCACCAUAGUACCGGUGACAACAUCUUCGGCGAAAGAAUCAAAGAAACCGACCAGUUCUACAGUAACAAACUUGGCAAAUUGGAUCGAGAGCGGAUGGCAGGAGGAGGCGGUGAUACGAGCGGUGUCCGACAAGGUGCCGAUUUCAUGCCUGUUCGUUUCGAUGAGCAAGAUAAAAUUUCAAGGGAUGCAAUACACCGUGGUAAGGAUGAAACCAAUGAAAAGUUUCAGGAAGCCGCUUAUGAAGCGAGAGAUAAAGCGGAUGAGAAAUGGGAUCAGGUCGUUGAAAAAGCAGACGAAUUGAAAGAUAGAACUGUUGAUACAGCUGCGCAGAUGAGAGAUCUAGCUGCACGGAAAGCUGGCGGGGCGGCCGAAAAAGCCGAAGAAAUCAAGGAAGCCGCAACAGAAAAAGCAAAACAGGCAGUCGAUGCAACAGCGCGUGGGCUUGGAACUGCAGCAGGAACCGUAGCUGGAACUGCCGGAGCAGCCGCAGAUACAGCUCGAAGCGCGGGACAGUCGGUAGCUGGAAAAGCAGGCGAGCUAAAAGACACAACAGUCGAUACCGCUGUGCACAUGAAGGAUGCGACAGCACAGAAGGCUAGCGAUGUGGCAGAAAAAGUCCGAGAAGUCAAGGAUGCCACGGCGGAAAAGACGAAACAGGCAGCCGAUGCAACGGCUCGCGGCGUUGGAGCUGCGGCCGGAACCGUUGCCGGAGUCGCUAGCGCAGCGGCGGAUACAGCUCGAAACGCAGGACGAGCUGCGGUUGAUAAAGCAGGUGAGUGGAAGGACACUACUGUUGAUACAACUGUGCAGAUGAAGGAUGCAGCAGCACGGAAAGCUAGCGACGUGGCGGAGAAAGCCGGCGAAAUCAAGGACGCCACAGUGGAAAAAACCGGUGAAAUCAGGGACGCAGCAGGGGAAAAGGCGAAACAGGCAGUCGAUGCAACGGCGCGCGGCGUUGGAACUGCAGCCGGAACCGUUGCCGGAGUCGCUAGCGCAGCGGCGGAUACAGCUCGAAACGCAGGACGAGCUGCGGUUGAUAAAGCAGGUGAGUGGAAGGACACUACUGUUGAUACAACUGUGCAGAUGAAGGAUGCAGCAGCACGGAAAGCUAGCGACGUGGCGGAGAAAGCCGGCGAAAUCAAGGACGCCACAGUGGAAAAAACCGGUGAAAUCAGGGACGCAGCAGGGGAAAAGGCGAAACAGGCAGUCGAUGCAACGGCGCGCGGCGUUGGAACUGCAGCCGGAACCGUCGCUGGAGCUGCUAACGUAGCGGCGGACACAGCUCGAAGCGCAGGACAAUCGGUGGCUGUUAAAGCAGGCGAACUGAAAGAUACUACUCUGGAUACCGCUGUGCAGAUGAAGGAUGCAGCAGCGCAGAAAGCCAGCGAUGUGGCGGAGAAAGCCGGCGAAAUCAAAGACGCCGCGGCGGAAAAAGCGAAACACGCGGUCGAUGCAACGGCGCGAGGCGUUGGAACUGCAGCCGGAACCGUCGCUGGAACGGCUGGUUCAGCGGUGGAUACGAUUUGGAAUGUAGGACAAGCAGCUGCUGGAAAAGUGGUGGAGUUGAAGGACGCGACGAUUGAUACUGCAGUGGAGAUGAAGGAUGCUGCAGCACAGAAGGCAAGCGGUGCGGCGCAGCGAAUUGGCGAAAUGAAAGAUGCAGCAGCGGACAGCGUCAGCUCAGCGGCUUCGCGAACUGCCGAAAAAGCUGGAGAGUUGAAAAGUGCCGCUGAAGACAAAGCGAGUUAUGCCGCACAUGCGACAGCGGAGGGAGCCGCAACUGCGGCCGGAGUGGUGGUCGGCGUCGCUGGUGCAGCGGUUGAUGCGGUAAAAGAUGCCGGCAGUGCAGCUGCGAAUAAGGCAACAGAUGUUGCGGCAAGAGCAGCUGAUCGGGCUGGAGAAAUGAAGGAUUCGGCGAUCGGUGGCAUUAGUUCGGCAGUACAUCGGACGACAGAUAAAAUGGAUGAGGUGAAAAAUGCGGCAGUAGAUAGCGUCACUGGAGCUAAAGAGGCAGCUGUGCGCCGAGCAAGUGAAGCUGGUGAGAAGCUGGUCGAAAUGAAGGAUUCCGCUGCGAAUAUGGUAGUGGAUGCAAAAGAUUCUGCAAUGGAAAAAAUGGCGGGUUUGAAGAAUGUUGCUGCUGAUGAAGCCCAUCGCAAGAAGCACAGCGUUGAAGACCAACUGAAACAAAAAGUAUCGGACGCGGCUGAUAAAGCACGUGAAGUAAAAGAUUCUGCGUCUGAAAAAAUGACUGAAAUGAAGGAUUUGGCGGCCGAAAAGAUACACGAAGGUACUGGAAGGGUGUACGAUUUGAAAGACACAACAUCCGGUACGGCUCACAAUGUGAUUGGAAGAGGAAUCUUGACAACUCCACCCUCUUAUGAUAACAAGGCAUUCGAUUUCCCAGAUGCUGAUUUAUACGAAAAACAAAUUGGCGAUGGAAGUCUUCGUGGACAAGGAACUGAGCAACCACAUUAUGCAGAUAUUCGAGGAGCAGCAGCAAAUAAGUGGAAUCAGCAGGCUGAACGGGGUCAGGAAUCUGGAAGCUAUCGACCUCCCUACAGUUACGGCUACAUCCACUUGGCACAGGAUGGCGCUGGUUUUGAUCCAAAAACACCCACGAAUUUAUCACUUUUAAUGAAUCAUCCCAGUGCUAAUGAUUGCCCCCGUUUCUGGCUUACUGCCGUAUCCCGGCUUCAUCCAACCGCUCAUUUACGAUUAUGCAUGAAGUCGAGUACUAAUAUUAAUAAUGGUACUGGCAGUUGCUGGAGUACUGGCGUAGAUGAGUCAGAAACUGAAGAUCAGGAAGGGAGAGUGCAGAAUCCUGCAAAUCCGGAAACCGGAUCAAAGUUAACUCAGUGUCUGAAUUUACUUGACCUUUUUGUUGCUGAAUUGAAGGAAAAAAUGAAGUUCGCUACAGACACUUUUGGUGGCGAAGUUAGUGAUGGCAGUGAACUGAAAGCCAUCUGUGCUUUUGAAACUCAAGGAAGUGAGAUUCCUAAAAGAACUGAGGAAUACCAUCCAAAUUCGAAAAGUGAAAGAACGAAAGCAGUAUCGCAGUCAUGCGGUUAUCCACUGCUCCACAGCCGUCCGAGCAUUGAUUUAGCAGCAGACGUACACGAAGCAGAGACUCUAUCAAGGUUGAGAGAGCGCGAAAAUGCCGAGCGCGCUGAAGAUUUUUCUCUCGGUGAUGGCUAUAGCUCACCGCAGCUGAUUACUAAUGCUGCCAAAAAUCCAACGCAUCAUCUGAAAGAAAGUGUUAAGGAUUCAACUUCGGAGAUGCCCGAAGCUACCGGGCAAGACCAUGUUGCUGGUAAGGUGGCUGAGGAGUGGAAAAGUGGUGCUGUGCAUAUAGCUGAAGAAGCCAAAGACAAAGCUCUGCAGCUAAAAGAUGCAGCUUCUAGCAAGGUGAAACAGCUGAAGCGUGCCUCGGCUGAAGAAAAGGGCCAUGAAGUGGAAGGCGAAACUCGAGAUAUUUACGAACCGGGUGCGGAAAGCUUACAAAAUGAACGACGAGCAUCAGAUGGUCAGGGCUACAUUGCUUCACUUAUAACGGCGACAAAAGAUACCGUAGUGGACGCCGCGUCAGCGAUUAAGGAUAAAGCUGCCGAAGCUUAUUAUUCGGUAACAGAACCUGCGGCAGAUAAAAAACAUGAAGACAUCGCCGCGACUAUGCCUAGUGUCGAAACUAAAGGGAAUGUGGAUGCAUCUGGCCGAGGUGAAACAACAAUGAGCACGGAUGAUAAAACGAGCGCAAAAAUUUACCGCGUAGCCUAUCAAGAUUCGGCACCGGAUGGUUCGUGGACUUCUUCGACCGAGCAUUUCGAAGCAGUACUGCCCGAGUCGAGAGGUGAGUUGGGCAACCGAUCGUCAACGCCGAAUCGGUCGCAACAUGAUAUGAGUAGCUGUGCUAAGGAUCAUGCAGAUUCACUGGAAGAAAUGGAUUCCAUGUAUUCGAUGUUGUACAUCGCUUUUCCAUUGUCGCAGUUUUAUGUGACAUCAGUGUACAGUGUACUAGGUGAAAAGGAACGGGAGCAUGGUACGGGAUUUCGGAUGAAUUCUAGUAGCCACACAUGUGACAGUGGGAAUUUUCGAAGGCACAGCAACAGUCUCGCAACUUCUGGAAAAGAAAAUGUCGAUGUGUACGAUAGACAACAGCUGGAGUUGGGCUGUCCAACAGAGGAGAGUGACGUACCCUGUACUGCUGAGCGUGAAGUCGCAGUUCAGUACCACAGUGGGUUCCAAACUGAAACUGAUGAUAUACUCGGAGCUGGAAUUUCGACAUAUCCUUUGCGGCGAAAGAACGAACAAGAAAGAAGGAUAACACCUGAUGAGAAUGGACCAGCAGACGAAGCAGCUUCGAUCAAAGUUACCAUUGGAAUGGAUGCCAGAUUAGCUAAUGGUGCAAAGCAGCGCCACGAUGAAACAUUAGCUGACCGGAUUGGUAAAGUUAUCAGAUUACUUGGCGAAGGUGGUUUUGGAGCCGUUUUUCAAGUACAGUCAUCAAAAAAUAACGAAAUGUACGCAGCGAAAUUGGAAUCUUAUAGUCAUCCAAGAAAAGUACUGAUUUUGAAAUUAAUUACCGAGAUGCCAAGAUCCUUGGACAGUCAGCGUAAGGGCUGCGCAUUAGAGAUGCUAGAUGUUCACUGA